AUGGAGGACCUUUCUGCUGCGACACCUAUGUACAACGAGCCCACCGUCGACUACACGGGCAGCCCACGCCGCCGCGUGCAGCGGAUCGACACCACGAAGCUCAAGACGAAGGUCUGUCGCAACUACGCUCACGGCCUGCCCUGUCCGUUCGAGCAUCGUUGUGCCUUCUCCCACGGUGAAACCGCGAUCCACUCGCCUACCACCGGGGAAGCCGAGGCCUUCAGCCCGAACCAUGGCCGUAAGGCCAGCUUGACCACGCGCGAGGAGGACGGCUGCGCGCCGACGGCGACCGCAAUGCGGCGGGUCGAGUCAGGCGGCACCGAGCUCGACGUGGCCUCAAGCGAUGUGAACUCGGACUCCAUCAGCCUCCCACCGCCGCCACCUGCGUACGAGAUCGCGAUCCAGGAGGACUUGGCUGCCAUGGUCGAUGAGAGCUCUCUGCCUCCGGCCUACCCGACUCGGUACCGCUUCGACCCCUAUAGCUAUUCCAGCGUUCGGUACGAGUAG